CAUUCUUGCGCUAAGUGUGAGAGGCUGUGGGAACAGCAAUCCCGAACCGGCCAAGAGCCGGCGAAGCUGAUCCCGCGAUGGCAUUUUGUUUUGAACAGUUGCUUGGGUUGACGUUUCCUCAUAAGGUCACUUUCAUGAAUUCAAAGGCAAUUUACCAGUGAUUUCUGGGUGCUGGGGCUGAUUUCUUGUGCGUAUUUACAUUCUAUAUCUUCUGAUGAGGAAAGGAAAAUGCUUCAAGAAGGACUUUGUGACCCCUCAUCACUUUGUAUAAGAGCCCAGAAGAAUGUCUUCCAAGCAAGCCACCUCUCCAUUUGCCUGUGCAGCUGAUGGAGAGGAAGCGAUGACCCAAGAUUUGACCUCAAGGGAAAAGGAAGAGUGCAGCGAUCAACAUGUGGCCUCCCAUCUGCCUCUGCACCCCAUAAUGCACAACAAACCUCAUUCUGAGGAGCUACCCACACUUGUCAAUACCAUUCAACAAGAUGCCGACUGGGACAGCGUUCUGUCGUCUCAGCAAAGAAUGGAGUCAGAGAAUAAUAAGUUAUGUUCCCUAUAUUCCUUCCGAAAUACCUCUACCUCACCACAUAAGCCUGACGAAGGGAGUCGGGACCGCGAGAUAAUGACCAGUGUUACUUUUGGAACCCCAGAACGCCGCAAAGGGAGCCUAGCCGAUGUGGUGGACACACUGAAACAGAAGAAGCUGGAGGAAAUGACUCGGACUGAACAAGAGGAUUCCUCCUGCAUGGAAAAACUACUUUCAAAAGAUUGGAAGGAAAAAAUGGAAAGACUAAAUACCAGUGAACUUCUUGGAGAAAUUAAAGGUACACCUGAGAGCCUGGCAGAAAAAGAACGGCAGCUCUCUACCAUGAUUACCCAGCUGAUCAGUUUACGGGAGCAGCUCCUGGCAGCGCAUGACGAACAGAAAAAACUGGCAGCCUCACAAAUUGAGAAACAACGGCAGCAAAUGGACCUUGCUCGCCAACAGCAAGAACAGAUUGCAAGACAACAGCAGCAACUUCUGCAACAGCAGCACAAAAUUAAUCUCCUGCAGCAACAGAUCCAGCAGGUUCAGGGUCACAUGCCUCCGCUCAUGAUCCCAAUCUUUCCACAUGACCAGCGGACCCUGGCAGCAGCCGCUGCCGCCCAACAGGGAUUCCUCUUCCCCCCUGGAAUAACAUACAAACCAGGUGAUAACUACCCCGUACAGUUCAUUCCAUCGACAAUGGCAGCUGCGGCUGCUUCUGGACUCAGCCCUUUACAGCUCCAGAAGGGUCAUGUCUCCCACCCACAAAUUAACCCAAGGCUAAAGGGCCUAAGUGACCGUUUUGGCAGGAGUUUGGACACCUUUGAACAUGGUGGUGGCCACUCUUACAACCACAAACAGAUUGAGCAGCUCUAUGCCGCUCAGCUGGCCAGCAUGCAGGUGUCACCUGGAGCAAAGAUGCCAUCAACUCCACAGCCACCAAACACAGCAGGGGCAGUCUCACCUACUGGGAUAAAAAAUGAAAAGAGAGGGACCAGCCCGGUAACUCAAGUUAAGGAUGAAGCAGCAGCACAGCCGCUGAAUCUCUCCUCCAGACCUAAGACCGCCGAACCUGUAAAGCCUCCAGCCUCUCCCACCCAGAGCCUCUUCCCAGCCAGCAAAACCAGCCCGGUCAAUCUGCCCAACAAAAGCAGCAUCCCCAGCCCCAUCGGAGGAAGCUUGGCAAGGGGAUCCUCUCUAGGUAAAUGGAAAAGCCAACACCAGGAAGAGACUUAUGAAUUAGAUAUCCUGUCCAGUCUCAACUCCCCUGCCCUGUUUGGGGAUCAGGAUACAGUGAUGAAAGCCAUUCAGGAGGCUCGGAAGAUGCGAGAACAGAUCCAGCGGGAGCAACAGCAGCAACAGCCACACGGUGUUGAUGGGAAACUCUCCUCCAUGAAUAAUAUGGGGCUGAACAACUGCAGGAAUGAAAAGGAAAGAACGCGCUUUGAGAAUCUGGGGCCCCAGUUAACGGGAAAGUCAAGUGAAGAUGGAAAGCUGGGCCCAGGUGUCAUCGAUCUCACUCGGCCAGAAGAUGCAGAGGGAAGUAAAGCAAUGAAUGGCUCUGCAGCUAAACUACAGCAGUAUUAUUGUUGGCCAACAGGAGGCGCCACCGUGGCGGAAGCACGAGUCUACAGGGAUGCGCGUGGCCGGGCCAGCAGUGAGCCACACAUCAAGCGACCAAUGAAUGCAUUCAUGGUUUGGGCAAAGGAUGAGAGGAGGAAAAUCCUUCAGGCCUUCCCCGACAUGCAUAACUCCAACAUUAGCAAAAUUUUAGGGUCUCGCUGGAAAUCCAUGUCCAACCAAGAGAAGCAACCUUAUUAUGAAGAGCAGGCCCGGCUAAGCAAAAUUCACUUAGAGAAGUACCCGAACUAUAAAUACAAACCUCGACCGAAACGCACCUGCAUCGUUGAUGGCAAAAAGCUCCGGAUUGGGGAGUAUAAGCAACUGAUGAGGUCUCGGAGACAGGAGAUGAGACAGUUCUUUACUGUGGGGCAACAGCCUCAGAUUCCAAUCACCACAGGAACAGGUGUUGUGUAUCCUGGUGCUAUUACUAUGGCAACUACCACACCAUCACCUCAGAUGACAUCUGACUGCUCUAGCACCUCCGCCAGCCCAGAGCCCAGCCUCCCGGUCAUCCAGAGCACUUAUGGUAUGAAGACAGACGGUGGAAGCCUAGCUGGAAAUGAAAUGAUUAAUGGAGAGGAUGAAAUGGAAAUGUAUGACGACUAUGAAGAUGAUCCCAAAUCAGACUAUAGCAGUGAAAAUGAAGCCCCAGAAGCUGUCAGUGCCAACUGAGGAGUGUUUGUUUGCUGAAUUAAAAUACUCUGACAUUUCACCGCCCCUCCCCCAACAAAAAGUUCUUAAAGAGCCCGCAUGCAUUUGUGGCUCCACAAUUACUGCAUCAGCAGAAUGGUCUUAAUUGUUUCGUAAAGUGUGAGACAGAUUAAGUUUUCCCUGAAUUUUCAUGAACUUGAGUUUUUUGUCGUUAUUGUUAUUGUUGUUGUUGUUGUUUCUUUUUUUUUAAUUUAGGUGAAGACAUAUUAAAUAUGAGACACCAGGACUUGAAAACCUAUCUCAACCCAUAGCUGUCUUACAAGUCUUAUAUUUUUGUCUUACUUUUUUUUUUUUUCUUUUGGAUGUUGAUAAAGGUUUAAGUUACUGUUUUAGAUGGGGUUAAACAUUCUCACUCAGGUAUGCUGUGCCGGCCUACAGGUUGUGAAUGUGUUUUUAUUCUGAAUUAUUUUAGAAAGCAACUGAAGAUUUCGUGUUGUGAAGCAGAACAAGUCCACGGCGUGUGCAGCUGCAUGCAGAACAUACUCAAAAGGCCUCGGAAUUCCAUUGUUCCAUGUGUAGAGUUAGACUUUGAAUGUGCCAAACUUUCUCAUCACUUUUGAAUCUUAAUAUUUUGAAAGUCUUAAAGGAGACACUGCGAAGUCUUAGACAAUCUUUGGCAUCUUAACAUAAAAUAGCAAACCAUACAUUUUUUUUUUUCCAGAAAAUGGUAAAGUACUCAGGAAUCUGGAGACAAGAUAUUGUAAGGAAUGAACAAGGUUGCCACAGUGCAUGUACCCAAUCGUGUUUGCCUCUUGACGUGCCAUCCAUGUGUGACGUGGUAGGACGUGCACACACCAGAGCGACCACCACACCGGACACCGACAUGGGGGUCUCCUCUGCCUGAGACCACCUCUCACUACACCCAUUAUCCCUUUGCCUUUAACCCUGACAUUCAGUCUUAACACAUUUUUCUCUUAAAUAAUUUAUUCAUUCCAGAAUGUCAAGGGUCCACUUACUAUUUAUUUUUUAAAAAAAAUUAUUGGUGGCAUUAAUUUAAUAAUUCUUGGUUUUUCACCAUCCUUCCCCGAAGAACGUUUAAGCCCUUUUCACCUCCUUCUCCUGCUAGAUACAAAGAGAUGUACAUAGUGAUGAUAUGUCCCCAGAGCAUCUGGAAGCAUUUCUGAAACAAGAUACUAUUAAAAACUAUAUUGUUGUUUUUAAACACACAUGUGUAUCUGGCUGCAAGGCUGUGUAUUUGGAGGCAGGUGUAGAGUCUUACCGUUCAACAGCUAUGCCCCUGAGGUUCGCCGUGACCUCAAAUCUUUUGCCAGAAUUUCCCCUUAAGUCAGCUCAGCAACAAGUGGUAGGAUCUGCCGUAGUGGCAUCCCCCUGAAUGCCAUUCAGUAGCAAGGGUCAGCAGUGAUGACUGCCAGGCAGGAGAGCCCCACAGCCCAACGUAAAGCCCAAGGCUGCGGGCCGUGUAGGAGGCUACAGCGAUGCUGUCAUGGGCUGGCACCUUUACACGGAGUCGCCUUGUCCCAUCUGGCACAUCUCUGGGCUUCUUCGCACAAUCCCUUGGAUGCAGGGAGCCACAUGGCAGCCUCCAAGUGAAGCUAGAGGCAGAUAGUCAUACAGCCAUGAAUGAAAGAAAACCAUAGGGAAGGAGAAGGAGGGGAAAUACAUUCCCUAUCUGGGAUGUUCCUACUGUUCACUCUGGGAGCAGAUCACUCCUGGGGCAGCAGACCAGGUCCUCCAGCCCCCUCCCUCUAUUGUGGCCAUAUGGGGGGCAGGCCUACGUGUGAACAACGUUAGCUGCUCUUUGUCACACGAGGAUUUUCUGGAGAUGUGCCGAUGGGCUGGGAGGCAGUGAGGUUUCAUGCCCCAUCUUCCAAGUACAGGGACCUCGGUCAUGCCAUUUUGACCUUCCUGAAACCAGGACUGAUUGCCUAUGGGGGUGGGGGCCUCCCCCCCGAGGGAUUCAGUGGCAAAGUGUCAGGGAAUGGGACAGCUCACCUCAUAGGACAAUCCAGGAUGUGAUCACCAGGACAUAGGAACGACCCCAUCAGAUUUCUUGAGCCAUUUUGUCACUUGGAAGAAUAUAGUGUACCUUCAUAUUUAUUUAAAGAGUGCUCAAGGCCGUGCCUAAUAGCAAUAAAUAGGUCUAGACAAGAGAUUACCGGCUAUGUUGUUAGCGGGGAGUGCUCUCUAUAAGCUGAUUAAGGUACUAAUAGGGAUGUUUUGUUCUUAAUAUUGGUUGGGGAUUGGAACUUUGUUUUUGUACAUUUAUUUCAAAUGAGGAGGAGGUCAUUUUUUCUCAGAAAAAUGAGUAUUUAUUAUUGUCUUACUGAUUUCUUUUGAAUAUAUACCUCUCCUCCUCAGUUCAGUCUCAUGUUUUUUUCUCAUUCUCCUUGACUUCUGCUUUUGCCUUCUCCCACUCUUCUUUUUUUGUUGUUGUUGCAUAGGUAGAGUGCUGUAUGGCUAGCAUUGUAUUGUAUGUAAUUAAUUUUGCACAAAGGCAAACAUUUAGAAUAGUAGGUUAAUUUUGUUUGUUUUAUGACCAUGCCAAAAUAAUAUUCUGGGCUGGUGGAGAACAAAGGACUGUUCUUUAGGACUGAAACUUGAUUUUGCUUGUAGUAAAAAGAAACAAAACAAAAAAACAACAAAAAACACACACACUCACAGAUGUUGUUUCGUAAGUGUUAUAAGCACUGGAUAUAAAUGGUAUUUUUUAUCACUUCUGACUAAUGUGAAACUGUUGUACGAAAACUUCAUGAACAAAAGUCAUCUGUUUCGACUCGUGUGGGCUUGCCUCACAGUUGCCGGAUUUGAGUCAUUUUUAUGUCUUGUUAUUUCAUUUAUUUAUGCAAAAUACAUGUGUGUAUGAACACUUUGUUUUAGCUCCAGCUCUGCCUCAGUCCUGGGGUUCAGUUACUUCUAGCCACGUUCUUAAAAAUGAAAGGCUAUUCAGGAAUGAUCUGAUUGUAAACGUUUCUUUCAUUGGGUCAAACAGUGAUGCUGUAUUUGAAUCUAAAUUCUGCGCAUAAGCAGUUUAUUCUAUUUAUUAGCCAAGUUUGGCUCUAAAUAUCCUUGGAAAUUAAGAAUGACAAUCAUAGGGAUCACUUCAUUUUAUUUUCAGUGGGGCUUAAACAAAGUUUUUAUGACUUUACCAUCUCAUUUUAGAUUUUUCUAAUUGUGUAAAUAUAACAUAGAAAUAGAAUUUAUUUUUGGUUCAUGAAUACUUAGUGAGAUAUAAGUUAUGUAUUUCUUUUUUGUUCUCUAUCCAUAUGUGUUGGUCCAGGCUAGAAGUUGACGAGUCACUGUACCUCAUGGGGAUAGUGAAUUACCAGUCACGGUGAGAGAACAGUGUUCCACCUACAGCUGGGGCAGUAAAACCCUUCACUCGGGUUCUCAUGCAGCUCAGAACCCACUGUCCACAGACUCAGACUUUGACUUUUUUUUUUCUUAUAGAAAAUUGAUGAAUUGAAUAUACCAAAUUUCAAGUGUAGCUGGGAGAGAGUCAAUUUACUUUGUGAAUCCACAUAAAUUGUAUACGGUAUUUCUGUGACCGUUUAAUAGCAAGAAGCAUGAAUGCCAUUAUAAAGGUAAAAAUCUGUCUCUGAGAUUGGCCAUCAAUAAAAGUCCCACCAUGCCAAGUAGAAUUAAAGAAUAUUAAUCAACUUUUUUUUCAGUGCUUUUUAUUUCAAUAUAUCUUCAAAUCGAAAAUAAAAAUUGCCUCCAUUUUGUUAAAGAACUUGCAGGAUUAGGAUUUUUCCAUGUCACUUCGAAUAGGGACACUGGCAGACAAUCCUAUCCUAAAAAAAAAGAAAAAAAGAAAAAGCACCAUGAGGAAAAGGAAAGAAAGAGAAAAAGAAAGGGAAGAAAGGGAGAGAAAGAAAAGAUCAAUCUCUGUGGACAGGAGCAGCCAGGCAGGCAAUUUCUCUAUUUCACUGAUAGACGUGAUGCAGUAUCUUUUCCAGGAAGGUACGAAAGCUUUGUCGUUUUCACAUGUAUCUAGCUCAGCCUUUUAGGAGCACAUCCGUUUGCUUCAUUGGGUUUCUGAUACUCCCCAGCCUUGUCCUCGGGCCUGAUUGGAUUUGCCAGGGUCCUGACACCAACUCCUAGGCCAAGUUCUACAUUCAGGUGUAGGCUCACAGUGCUAUUGAGCUUGUCAAAUUCUGCCCCCAAACAUGAGCCCCACUGGAGCCUGGGUGUUUGAAAAGGGUGUGAUCACUGUAGGGCUGAAAUUAAAGGCUUCUUUCUGUUCCUUCUGAAGCCAGGCUGCUGCUUCAGAGCACAUUCUCCCGAGCCAGCAGCACAGGCACUAGCUGAAAGCAGGGACUGUUUCGAGGAAGUCCCUCCACCCAGUAGGAAGCCAGCCUAGUCAGUGGGACACCACAGCCGAGGCUGCUUGUCUCCAUUGACUCAUUUUGCAAAGAGGUGACCUCUACCUACUCUUUAGGGAAAGGAAACAGCAUCACUUAAACAUUUUAAAUUGUAUGAGAAGUCCUGUACCAAGUGCCAACAACUGCAAAGAAUGCAGCUAGAAGAAUGUAUUGAAAUUAUUACUGGGUCUGCCUUUUUAAUGACAAAAUGACAAAAUGGUUGCUGUAGUCUUGCCUGAUUUUGUACACAUUUGUCUAAGGACUGAGUUGGCACUUAAGCUCACUUCUCAAAAGUAUAAUAAUAUUGUACGACCUCAUUUGUCCUCUUACAAAAGCACUUGCAUCAUUUCCUUAAGUCUUCUGCCCCCGGACGUGUUUUCUUCCUUAAUAAACAACUUCUACCUGUUAUUCCUGCCGAUUAUGUUCUGUUUCUGAUGCCAUACACCAUUGAGUGUAACCCUCUGCUGAUAUCAUUGAAAAUAUUGAUGUGCAAACACAUUUCCUUUACAUCCCCAUCCCCUCUUCUUCUUUGGGGACAGACUGCUUUCCAAAAACUCAUGAACAAGUGUUCAAAAUGCUGGUACCGUUGGGGGUAGAGCGAGAGGUGGGGGAGGGGGCAGAUAGGUGACAUUGCAGAUACUCUUCUAAUUGGUGUCCGUGGCAAUAUGAAAGCUUGAAUGCAACUCAGUGACAUGCCUUGCUCAGUAGUUUCUUAUUCCUGAAGAACCACAAGCAUAAAGUGAGGCCUCAGUGCUGGUGCUCUUGGAGUAUGGGGAAUGUGCAAAUAUUUAACUGUUUGUAUGCUGCACAUUGCAGAUCUGCUCGUGUGCAUUCUCCGUUCGUCUUCCUUUGUCAUACGUGUUUUUGCUUUUUCGAAAGUGCAGUCUUUAUUGUACCCUUCUCCAGCUUGUAGCAAAUUAGAAUGCUUAGCAUUUAUGUUCAUUCAUUAUUGUAUUUGCCAUGUAAAAUUUUUAUUACCUUAGAAUAGCUUAUAAGCUGUUACUACAUAACUUAUCUUACUGUAACUCUUUUAUUUCCCAACAUUGUAAUUUGUUUGUGAUGUAUAUUGUGAGAUUGUAUUCUAUGUUAAUUUAAUCAGCACAAUUCACUGACAUGCUGGACUGACAUGCUGGCUGCUGUUUCAAAGUGUAAAGUUUGUGUAGGGCUGUUGGGACAACUGCAACUCUGUUGUCAAGGUACUGUGCUUUGGUUCCUCUAGCAACACUGCGGGUGUAGCCCUUGAGACACUAAGGGCAUUUCAUACACUCUCGAGCAAAUUUUAACUGCAUUUUCUUUGUAGAAAUUCUAUGUAUAACGCAGGUACCUAUUUGGCCCAUGGCUGGUAACUAUUUGGGCAAUUAGAAAAAAACAAAAACCAUAAAAACUAGUGUCUAUUGCUGCUUUGAAUAUGUUUGAAAGUCUGAAAAUGUAAAUAGUUUAUCAAAAAAAA